AUGGAUCCAACACUCAAGCUGCUUACCCUCAUCAAUGUCAGCGCAGCACGUCCGGGCAAGCGUCAGCGCGCCUCCAACCUCACCCACUACGACAAGAUCACUCGCAAGGCCGUAGCCGCUCAGCAGGCCACAGCAUCCACCAGCACCGCCGCUUCCGCAUCUGCGUCUCCGUCAAAACGGUCCAAGGCGGCUUCUACCUCGUCUGCAUCAUCGUCACAGGCUCAAGGCACCGACGAGCUUGUUGGCGAGGUUUCGGACGACGGCGACGAUCAUGAGGCCUCCCCUGCAGUGACCAAGCACAAACAGGCGAAACAGCCCGUUGCCUUUGAUGCUCACUUUGGCAGCGACGGCCCGCAUGCAAAGGCCAUCGCCAAGCUGCCCGAGUCGGUCAAGUCGCUCUCCUGGACUUCUUCUCGCUCGGCGCUCCCUUCCCUCCCCACCAACACCGCCGUCUCCAGGCCGGACCUGCCCGAUUUCGAUACCCAGGCUUACCCCGGCCAGCCGCAGGUCAAGGUGCUCGACGCCUUCAAUGCCUACGCCGCCAAAAAGUACUCGGAGCCCACGCCGCUGCACAAGGCGCUCGCCACCACCCUCGGCAGCUACACCGACUUCUGCGAUGCCAACGUAGCGUUGCGAGACCGUCAGCAGUACCGCGAGGCGCUCGCCAUGCACGCCAUGUCGCACGUCGCAAAGACGCGCAGACGCGUGCUCAAGAACAACGAGAGGCUCGCCAAGCUCGCCGCCGCCGCCACUUCCACCGACGCCGACGAGCUCGACCUGCGCGACCAGGGCUUCACCCGGCCCAAGGUGCUCAUCCUGCUGCCCUUCCGCAACUCGGCGCUCCAGUGGGUCGACCUCGUGACCAAAUUCAGCCUGUGCGCACAGGUGGACAACAAGGCGCGCUUUGCCAAGGAGUUCAACCUGCCCCCCGGCGCGGUCGACAAGCUCGCCGAUCCGGCCGUGGCGUCAAAGUAUCCCGAGGACCACAUCGCCAACUUUGCAGGCAACAUCGACGACUCGUUCAAGCUCGGACUCAAGGUGACCCGCAAGUCGCUCAAGCUGUUUUCGGGAUUCUACGACUCGGACGUCAUCAUCGCAUCGCCGCUCGGCCUGCGAUUGGGCAUCGAGAAGGACCGUGGCGAUUCGGACUUCCUCUCGAGCAUCGAGAUGCUCAUCGUCGACCAGACCGACGUGAUCAGCAUGCAGAACUGGGACCACCUCGAGUUUGUCCUCGAGCGGCUCAACCACAUCCCGCGCCAGAGCAGGGACACGGACUUUUCGAGGGUCAAGCAGUGGUACCUCGACAACCGCGCGCCCAUGAUGCGCCAGUCGAUCCUGCUGUCGGCGCACGACUUUCCCGCUCUGCGCUCGGUGUACAAUCACACGCUCACCAACGUGGCGGGCAAGGUGCGUACGCUUUCGCACACGUCCGAGGCGCAAGCUCAGAUGACCCGUGUGGUGAGCGGAGUCAGGCAGACCUUCACGCGGUUUGAAGCGGCCAAUGUGCAUGCGGAGCCCGAUCUGCGCUUCCAGCACUUUACCACCAAGACGCUUGCGCAGCUGAGCAAGAGCGCGGUGUCGAGCAGCCAUACGCUGAUCGUUGUGCCGAGCUACUUUGACUUUGUGCGACUCGACGACUUCCUGCGCGCGCACAACGAGCAGCGUCGUUCCGGCGAAACGGCCAACCUCUCCUACACCUCCAUCUCGGAAUACUCGACGCCCAAGGACAUCCGCCGUGCACGCGAGGCGUUCUUCAGCGGCAAGAAGCGAUUCCUCCUCCUCACCGAGCGCGCCCACUUCUACAGGAGGUUCAAACUGCGUGGCGUCAAGACGGUUGUGUUUUAUCAGCUGCCUCAGAACCCAAGCUUCUUUGCAGAGUUCCUCGAGUUCCCCUUUAUCACAAAGCGCGACUUGGCCAAGCCGAGCGACGACGAUGAGGACGACGAGACGGAUCCAAACGACGUCGCCGCAUACGUCGUGUACAGCAGGUACGACCUCAUUGCCCUCGAACACGUCGUCGGCUCCCAGCAGGCCGCCAACAUGAUCUCCCAGGACAAGGCCACCUGGAAGUUCGUCUAG